GGUCUGACAGUGGAUGUGUGCGGAAGUGAAAUUUGAAUUACUUUUUUAGCAAGCAAUAGAGCGCUAGAGCCGGGGGCACCGCAGCAACAUCUGGGCGCGUCGCCUCUCCGCAUCGACGCAUCGAGUCCGUCUUCUGAUCAACAUCUACUUCACUUUUGUGUCGGGUUCUGUCCGCCUACGUCCGUGCACAAUGGAAUCGCAUGAAUUACUGCACAUUGCCAACUUCACCACGUUAUUCGUCUGUAUGGUGCUGAAAUUCCCGCAGAUUUUCCUAUUGAUGCGGGCCAAAUCAACCAAAGGAGUCAGCCUCAACAGCCUUCUCCUCGAGUUGAUAGGGUACCUUGUUUUCGUAGCGUACCAGAUGUACUACGAUUACCCACCACCAACGUAUCUCGAAUACCCGAUCCUCAUUGCCCAAGAUGCCAUGCUCCUUCUGUUGAUUCUUCACUACAACGGCGAUCUGCGACAGAGUUUUGGCUAUGCAUUCGUGUUCAUCGUGGGCUGGAAGCUCAUCACUGUGCAGAAGUGGAUCAUAGACUUAGCCAUGAGUCUGUGCACAUUCAUCAGUGCAGGCAGUAAGUUUGCCCAGCUGCAGUGCUUAUGGAGAACUAAGGACUCCAACCAGGUCAGCGCCCUGUCUUGGUCCCUGGCCAUCUACACAACUCUGACGAGGAUCUACACCACUGUCAUGACCACUGGGGAUACGCAGGUGUUGGUGCGCUUCGUGGUCAUGGGGCUGCUGAAUAUAUGGGUGCUGGCCACGGUGCUCCACUACAGGAAAAAGGACGGCAGUAAUAGUAGCAGCAGCACUAAGAAGGAAGACUAGGGUGGGGUGGGGGUAUACUUUUAAGUAUCAACUUAAAAGUAUCAACUUUUGAAGUUGAUACUUCCCUGAAGCCGACCAGGUUGUCCAUGCCUGAGACCUGCAUUGUAUCCUUGUCUUCCACCGUUACCAAAACGACUGGUGGAACAUAAAUGUAUCCUACAAUACAAACAUUUCUCUCUUUAGUAUUUCGUAGUAUAAGUAUUAUAUCCACACACGGAACCUUCAAACAAGAGAUUUGAGAAAUGCAAUAUUAAGACGUGCUGUGACCAAAUAUUACCUCUUCAGGUGAUGCAGAUGUACUGUAUUUUUGAGCCAUGUUUUUAUUCCAUAAAUGAUAUUUCAAUAAAACAGACCAACAAUAAACCAGACUAGAAUAUUGAUAUUUAAUGUUUCCUUUCGGCUUGUUUGGUGUUCACUGGUGUACAUUAUUUUUACUUGAACCACACAAUAAUUCCAGACAGAAGUCACAUCCAUGUCUUUAUUGAUAAAGUGGUUAUUUAUGUGGAGAAGUUCGGUAGCAAACAUGCAAUCUGGAUGUAAACGCCCUUAAAUACAAAGUGGACAAGCCAGUAUAAAUAAUAUACAAUGUGCGUUUUAUGUCACGUAAAAUAUAUAUAUACUGUGUAUAUUUAUAUGUAUAAAACAUGCUGCUUGGUUAAGGAGGAGCACUUCA